AUGGAAGAAAGAGCAAGUGGAAUAGAUGUGGAGUAUACUGAGAGGGAUAGAGCAAUGAAAUCAAGAAGGAAAAAAGAAAACAAGGAAAAGGAAAGUGCUGAAGAGAUGAGAAGAAAAGCUAUGGAGAAGUUUGGGGAAACAAGAAGAAGGCGAAAUGAAGAGAAUGAAGAACUAGCUACACCAGAGAGAAAAAGAAGACGAAACUAUGAUGUGAUGGAACUAAUGAAGACCUCAAUUGAGACAAAGAAGAAAGAAAAAGAACAAGAAAGGGAAUUAAGAGAAAAAGAACUAAAUCUUAUGAAGAAUCAAUUGAAACAGCAAGAGGAGUUGAUAAAGUCAAUGGUUACCCAACAACAGCAGUUUCAACAAAGCCAUCAGGUUGUAACUAUGUCCAUCUUACACACUUUGUCUGAAAUUACUAAGAAAUUAAAUAAUUGA